AUGAACGGGACCAGCAUUCGCUAUUUCCCCAACAUUGCUACGACGCCGACCGAUGGACGAGAGAGAUUGGUCUGGAUGGACACCGAUGAAAGCGCAAGCCUGGAAGACCGGCGGAUGCCUCACAGCCCUCCCGGGAACUUUGGCAAGGAACUGGGAGAGCCGGAAGGCAUUCUCCCAGGUACCAUGCCAAGUACCACCAGGGGUGAUUGUCGAGGACAGAGGCAUAGCAGUGAAAAGCCAUGA